AUGUUUUCUGUUCUACGACAAGUUUCGCGAACAGGAUCCUUUCGCCCUCGGUAUACGGAGGCACACGAGGCUAUCUCCUUCGAUGAUUCUUCAAAGCUUGGAACGGUGUACAUCACUGACUACGCGCAGUCAAGUCUGGGAGACGUUGUCUUCGUAGAGUUGGCUAAGGUGGGCGAGAAGGUUGAGAAGGGCGACAACAUUGGCGCUGUGGAGAGUGUCAAAGCUGCCUCAGAUAUCUAUGCGCCAGUGUCGGGAGUCGUGAAAGAAAUCAAUGAAGCUUUGAACUCACAACCAGGCCUACUGAAUAAGUCUCCCGAAGAUAAGGGAUGGUUAUGCAAAAUUGAAGUUUCUGACCCUUCAGAGGUUGAAUCUCUGAUGACGGAAGAACAAUACGUCGAACAUUGCAAGUGUCCGGGGGCGUAG